AUGAGUACCACCAUGGGCAGUGGGCAAAGCUGGGUUCUCAAGCUAGCUGCACAUAAUCUAAUGAAGACAUUUGACUUGAGCUCCGAGGAUAUUGGAGCUGCAGUGCUCGUGAUAUUCUUGAUACUGACAACCAACCUACCUAUGAUAGUUUCUACCUGGAGGAACAGGAAAACAAUCCUAGAUAGUCUUCUCAUUCUAGAAUGCUUCAACAAUGUAUCCCACUGCUAUAUUAUCCUGACAAACAUCAAGCAUAUUGUCUCCGAGCCUGUGUUCUGCUAUGCUCAAGUUAUCCUCGUAGAAAUUGUUGGGAACAUGGAUAGGGUGAUUCCGUUAAUGGUGGCCAUAUACCGAUUCUGUAUGGUCGUCUUUGCUCUUCGGUUCACUGUGGUUCAGAAUGUGAAAGUUCUUGGAAUCUGUAUCUGGGUGAUGAUGACAGGAAUGGUAGUUUAUUACACCGGAACAGGAUUUGUGUUAGUUCAACACAAUGUGCUGUAUUUUGAAUGUAUUGGGAAGGAGGACAGAUUCUACCUUCAAAAUAAGGAAGAGAAUCUAGGCGCAGAUUUAAACGUAAUUCUGUACAACAUUCCCCUCACCAGCCCCGCCCUCAUCACCAACACUCUCCUUGUCGUCCUCACCUUCAUUAGUGUCCCACUCUUCUACAUUGUCAUCAUGGUCAUCAGGUUCAGGAAAGACAGGUACACCGGGUACACCUGGUGCACCUGGUGCACAAGGUACACCUGGUGCACCUGGUACAAUUAUUGA